CAAUGGAAUGAAAAGUUUGGCUCUUUGGAUUUCAGUAAGAGGGACUUCUGGGUGGAAGAAGGUUUCCAGAGAAGAUAAUCUUUGCUCCAGCUACAGUUAUGGAGAAUAACCCUUACUUCAGCAGUCAAGUCCUUUGCAAAGAUGUUGAGCUGGGGAAAGAGAAGGAAAGAAAGGCCAGGUAUCACGCUUACCAGUGUGUCGCCAUCAUUCUGAGUGUUGUAUUCCUGAUACUGGCCCUCUGUAUCUUCAGUCUGAGAUAUAUAUGGAGCCCAAACCCUGGGAAGGUAUAUGAUCAUCAGUAUAAAGCUGUGCUGGAUGGAAUGGAGACUGAGAGCAUGAUGGAAAUCCAUCCAGGGCAACGCAUCGAGAUCUUCAGGAUGGGAAAUGGCACAGACGAGGUCCUGGAGGUGCACGACUUCAAAAAUGGCAUCAUGGGCAUCCGUUUUGCCAAGCACCAGAGAUGUUACAUCAGGGCUCAAACCAAGGAGCUGCCGAAGCUGGACUCAAAGACCAUCGACGUAGAGGUGAGUGAGACAGGUGAAGUGGAUAUGCAGAUGGUGGACUCUCAGAUAUGGAUCCCUGCUGAGAAGCCCAUAUCCAACAAAACAUUCCUGUUGAAUUCCAAGAUCUGGGAGAUUUGCCAAGAUCUACCCAUCCACUGGAUUCACCCAUCUCCUCUCAGAGAAGCUGAGUUCCAUGAUGUAGAGGACGUGGAGGAGACCCCAGAGCUGGAGGCAAGAGGGCCACGUCAGGCCCGGGACAUCAUGGACCAGUUACCAGUAAACGACUAUAGAGAAAUGGGGCUGGAGCUGGACAACAGCCUAGAUGAGCAGGGCUACUGCUGCCAGUACUGUCGUCGUGGGUACCGUUAUUGUCGGCGAUACUACGAGCCCCUGGGCGGCUUUUCGCCAUAUCCUUACUAUUACCAGGGAGGACGGGUCAUCUGUCAGAUUGUCAUGCCUUGCAACUGGUGGAUAGCACGAAUGCUGGGACGAAUUUGAGGAUCCUGGGGGGAACCAGUGGUGCUAUCCUGUUCAGGGGUACACAUAGACAAGCUUCAUUUGUACGAAAUGUCAUGUAUUUGCUCAAAACUUUUUCCAUUCUUUGUGUAAAAAAUCUGCUGAUGUGAGGCAAAACAUUAACUCAAAACAUCCCAGCACUGUCAUAACUAUUCUUCAUAUUGUGUAUGGGUAGUUGAUGCAUAACAUAAUCUAUUUCAAGAUUUUAGGCUAAAAUGUAUAUAAAUGCAUAAGGGAAAUUACAUAUUUUAGGCCCUGUUUUUCACAAUGUCACAUUUUUGCCUUCAUAUGUUCAAUUUGUGGAAAAACUAAUUCAUUUUUAAUAGUACAAAUAUGCUCCAUCUCAGACUAUUUUUAACAGCAUUCUGCUUGUAAUAAUUAUGCAUGCAGUUUUUAUGAGCAUAUUAAUUUUGAAACGACAUGGAAUAUUAGUCAAUUAACAUGUUUUUAAAAACUGUUAGUGUA